AUUCCCUCGACCAAUAAUGUCAAAGAACAAGUCUUAUUACCAGGUCUUCCACGCCAGAUCAAAAUUUAGAAACCUUAAAUCAAAAAUCCAGAGCGGAGUGAAGAGGAAUUAAAUUUCAUCAGUUGUUGCAAAAACCAAGAUACCUGAGAAAGAGAGAAUUCAUGGCGGAUAAUAUGAAGGAUAAGUUUAAAGAUUUCAUGAAAAAGGUUAGUAAUUCUUCUUCAUCAUCUGGAUUUCAAGGUACAGGUAGAGUUUUAGGUGGUACAUCUUCAUCUUCUGAACCAUCUAAGAUUCCAUACAAAAAUGUUGAACAUAAACCUGAUUUACCUGUUGUUUCAUCAUCAGACCCUAGUCGUAACCCUAAAUCUUCAAUUUCUAGUUCGAAUCUUGAUAAAAAGUUGUCGAAUCUUGAGAACAAUUUACAGCAGAGAUCGACGGAUGGUUUUAAUAAGUUUGAUGCAUUAGUUACUUCUAGUAAACGUUCUCAGAAUGGACAUUCUAUUGAAAUCUGUGAAUGUCCUGUGUGUGGAAAGCCUUAUCUAACUGCAGGGGAAGUUGAGGAUCAUAUUGAAACUUGUUUAGGGCAAAAUUCAGUUGUUGAUACUCUAGAAAGUGAAAAUUUAGGAAAGAGUGAUGAAGUUGAGAAGAGUUUGGAAUCAAGAAACGAAUUAGCAAGUUGUGUUGGGGUUUUUGUUUCCGGAGAACCACCAGAAGGAUCGGUUCAAGUUGUGAUUAGAUUGUUGAGGAAUAUAGUUACUAAUCCUGAAAAUGACAAAUUUAGAAGAAUUCGGAUGGGGAAUCCAAAAAUAAAAGAAGCUAUUGGUUCAGUUACUGGUGGUGUUGAGUUGUUGGAAUGUGUAGGGUUUAGACUUCAAGAAGAAGGUGAAGAGAUGUGGGCAGUGAUGGAAGUUCCUACUGGGGAACAGAUCAGUUCGAUUAAAGAAGUGAUUCUAAUGCUGGAGCCUAAGAAAAUAGAAGAUGUGCCUCCUGUAGUUCCAAAGGUAAAAGAUGUUAUUCCAGCGGAGCCAAAGAAGGUUGACAGACAGGUCCGGGUCUUCUUUUCUGCUCCCGAAAGCAAGGCUGCAAAAAUUGAACUGCCAGAUUCUUUUUAUAAACUUUCUAUGGAAGAGAUAAAAGCUGAAGCUGAUAGGAAGAAAAAAAAGCUUGCAGAAUCUCAGCAACUGGUUCCCAGGUCCUUCAGAGAAAAGCAAGCAAAAGAGGCCAGGAAGAAGUACAAGGCCACUAUUAUUCGGAUCCAGUUUCCAGACGAGGUUAUUCUUCAAGGUGUCUUUGGACCAUGGGAGCGAACAACUGCAUUAUACGAAUUUGUUACUUCAUCCUUGAAAGAACCACGUCUCAAAUUUGAGUUGUGGCGUCACCCACCAAUCCUCAAGAGGCGGCCAAUCCCAUGUUUCUCUGUACCAGGAAAAACAGCGCCAACACUAGAUGAGGAAGACUUGAUCCCUACUGCCCUUGUCAAGUUUAAACCCCUGGAGACAGAAUCAGUAUUUUUCACAGGUUUAUCAAAUGAAUGCCUUGAAAUGAUUACACCCCUUACAAGUGAUACAACAGUUUCUUUUUCAACAUGACUACAGACACAAAACUUCCAAGAGUAAACCGCUUAUUAGUGUUACCACAAUACUUUUUCACCAUGAUCUACUUGACAGACCCAACAUUGUAAUAUCGAGCGAUAUACCAAUCUUUUGAAAACUACACAUUUGUCUUGCUGUCGCUCAUUUUUUGGUGAACUUUUAGAAAACCUGUUUCGAGGCAUACUCAAAUGUUUUGAGGCAUACAUCUGUCUGAGUUCGGCUGAAAAGUUAUCAGCCGAACUUUGAGUUAUCAGCCGAACCUAGGCAAAAACAUAGGUUAUCAGCCAAACCUUGACUAUGCCUCGAAAUAUGUUUCACUUUUAGAGCUGAUAUAUGAUAUUAUUGGGCCGUAAGAGUUGCUUAA